AUGGCCGACUCCAAAAAACCCGCUGUUCUGAUUGUCGGUGGUCUCGGCUUCAUCGGUCGACACCUCGCGCUAUACAUCCACGAGAACAAUUUAGCCUCGGAAGUCCGGUUGGUAGACAAAGUCCUCCCACAAUUGGCCUGGUUAGCCCCAGAAUUCGAAGAAGCAUGUUCCAAGGACAAAUUCGUCCAGGCAGAUGCCAGCCGUGAACAACAUUUCCCGCGCAUCUUCGACCGAGCCAACGGCGAACAAUUCGACUACGUGAUUAACUGCGGCGGAGAAACACGCCACUCCCAACCAGACGAUGUCUACGAAGUGCGCAGCUACGCUCUCUCUCUCGCUCUCGGCAAGGAAAUCGCCCGACGCGGCAUCCCCGCCUUCGUCGAGACCUCCACCGCGCACGUCUACAAGGGUAGUUCAACGCCACGAAAGGAAACAGACAAACUCGCCCCCUGGCACAAGCUAGCCGCGUGGAAACUAAAGGCUGCGGAGGAUAUGCGUAAAAUUCCGAAUCUGCAGUACUGCGUUCUACGUCUGCCCCACGUCUACGGCGCUUACGACUCAGGAUACUUCGCCACGGGCGUUUGUCUAUCCGCCGUCUAUGUCGAUCUCAAGCAAGACUUGGUUUUAUUGCAUACCAAGGACUUGAAAAUUAACACUCUGCAUGUUAAGGAUGCUGCUAGCGCGCUGUUCGCGGCUGCCAAAUGGCGCGCCGCGAAGGGCUUCAUCGAUCCCAAUACUGGGGUUGUUACUUUCAAUGUUGUCGAUCAUAAUGACACGAAACAGGAACACGUUGCUAAAGCCCUGAUGGAGGUGUUCGAUCUCAAGGUCGUGUUCAUCGGGUCGCUUGCUUCACAGCUCGCUAAGCUGAACAUGGACGAUGUACUCGAUGAUAUGAAUGAGGUCGGCCUGCAGACUUGGGCUGAGCUCGUCGAGAGGGCAAACAUCACGCGGCCGGGACCGAUCAGUCCGUUCCUAGAGCGUGACGUUAUCAAGGGUGAUGAUAUGUCCAUUGACGGGUCCAAGUUCGAGAAUGAGGUUGGCUGGAAGCCAUUGUACCCGAACUUCGGCGCUGACAGCAUCCGCGAAAUUGUGGACAGCUACAAGCGUAUGGGUUGGUGGCCAUGA